AUCGCUGCUUACCAUCGACCACUACCCGCUAGCUAGUUUAGCAACAAGCUGGGUGAGGGGCUAAACCGCAGAUACACAGAAGCACCUUCUUCACUCGGUUUGUUUGUGUAUUUCGCUGGGACAUAGUGAAGUUAGCAGUCAUCCAAGUGACUAUCUUCACGUUUUGGUCGAAGAUGCAGUUCAUGCUGCUGUUCAGCCGGCAGGGAAAGCUGCGGCUGCAGAAGUGGUAUGUUCCUCUGUCAGACAAGGAGAGAAAGAAGAUCUCCAGGGAUCUGGUCCAGACUAUACUGGCCAGGAAGCCCAAAAUGUGCAGCUUCUUGGAGUGGCGAGACCUGAAGAUCGUGUACAAAAGAUAUGCAAGCCUGUAUUUCUGCUGUGCCGUCGAGGAUCAGGAUAAUGAGCUGAUCACACUUGAGAUCAUCCACAGAUACGUGGAGCUGCUGGACAAAUAUUUUGGCAGCGUGUGCGAGCUGGAUAUCAUCUUCAACUUUGAGAAGGCUUACUUCAUCCUGGAUGAGUUCCUGCUGGGCGGAGAGGCCCAGGAAACAUCCAAGAAGAAUGUGCUGAAGGCCAUCGAGCAGGCUGACCUGCUGCAGGAGGAGGCUGAGGCACCACGGAGCGUUUUAGAAGAGAUUGGGCUGACAUAGAUCAUCGUGUUUCUGCCUUGUUUGAUUCUCACCUCCGUGUGUCGACCAAGUCCUCUCCUGUUUACCGUGUCAGUGUUGUGUGUGUGUGUGUGUGUGUGUGUGUGUGUAGUCACCAUCUAUGUACUGUAUUAUUCUGUACUGUACUAUCCUGUAUUGUCCUUUCAGUGUAGUGCCAACUGUGGUUCUGAUGUGUUCCCUAUGUGCAAGCUCCCUCACUGUAUUCAGCAGCACUCAGCGUACUUCACUCCCUUAACUUAAAACUCCACAGAGAACAAUGUAGCACCGACAUGAACUCCAGCAUCAGUAGAUAAUCCAUCAUCACCCACUGCAGAGCUGUACAUGUUUGGCCUCAAGUGCUUGUUAAGGUGUUGUGUCUGCAGCUGGUGCUUCUCAUGUUGUACCAUCACAUAGCAAAGAGUCAUGAAAAUGCAGCACUGCAAAAAAUCUUGAACUACCCCUCAUUUCUUUAUGCUUUGCUAGGAAAAUUGAAUAUGGGUGCAGUGGUUUAUUGAAACAUGUAAAAACAUAUGUGGAAAUACAGGCUGAAAAAUUAGUCUGCAGCCUGAACUCUCUUAAACCAGCUGUGUAAGAAACUAGUGUUCAGGAAUAGUUCUGAAAGGACAUUUAAAGCUCUUCUUUGGCUGUUGCUGUAGAUCAUUUUGUCCAGUUUCCUCAGUUUUAAGGCUCCACUGCACACCACGCCAAGAUAACAGCUCUUUGGGAACUGACUUGUUGCUGCAAAAAUGCAGUUUUCUGUACUUCAGACUGUUAUUUCUGACAUUUUUGAGAUUCAACUGAAGAAAUGGCGAAAAAUGGUGUUUGUUUGUUUUUUUGUUUGUUUGUUUACGGGGUUACAGGCUCCUAGUGCUUAAAGAUAUAAUUUGAAAUUGGUCCUUUGCAUAGUUUUUUGUUACGUGUAGAGAUGAUGCUGGUUCAUCCCAUGAUACCUUUUUAUGCCUAUUUGGCUCACAUUCAGUGUUAAGUGGCUUAACAAGUUAAAAAAAAAAAAAGAUUCAUCUGAAAAUGUUCAGGUACAAGGGUUGGACUGAAUGAGUGAACAAGCAACCAGUGUUCCUAUGUUGCAUGCUCAUAUGUAAUGGCAAUGCAUCAAAGCCACCAGCUGGGGCCAGUGCUGUUAAGGGAACCACAGACACUGUUACAAUCACUUAUUCAUGGCUAAACUGAACCCAGUAACUAAAAUUACACAUUUAAUAAUCAUUGUGUCUGUGUUAACGCUUAAUACAGGUUUAUUUUCUGUGAUUCUUCUCUUCAAAUGAAUCAUUUCAUAUUCACAUUUCCAGACUAAUUGUUUGCUAUAUGUGGGUGGUUUCUGUGUAACUAGUGUCACGUUUGCUAUACUGUAUUUCUGUAGUCUUUUUGACCAUUGACUUAUUGUCCUUACAAAAAAAAAAAAAAAAAUAACACUGAGGUUUGUAAAAGCCUCUGAAAGUAUAUCUUAGGUCCAGUUCCUCCCUUAGUGCUGAAUUAGGUUAGGAUAGUGACCCAAAUAAAAC